AUGGAAAGAGAAACAUAGGAGUAUUUAAAUAUUGUUACAGACUUUUAUGAGGACACAUUAUCAAGAAUUAUAAAUUACUUUGCAAGAUAAAAAAAGCUAACUCCUUUUCUGCUUACAAAACUGUAUGUUUUCUAACUAUUCAGAGCUUUGGCAUACUUACACCAUAAUCACAUCGCUCAUAGAGAUAUAAAGCCUUCAAACCUAUUGAUAGAUAAAGAUACUCAAAAAUUAGUAGUCUGUGAUUUUGGAAGUGCGAAAACUCUUAAGGAUCCAAAUGAGACCUCUGUUGCCUACAUAUCUACAAGAUAUUAUAGAGCUCCUGAGCUGCUUUUAGGAAAUCAAUAAUAUGGAGUUGAAAUAGAUAUCUGGGCUGCAGGAUGUGUCAUGGCUGAGAUGUUUAGAGGUGGGAGAGUAAUGUUUGAGGGUGCAAACAAUACUGAUCAGCUGAUAAAAAUCAUUUAAUUAUUUGGAACUCCUACUCCAGAGCAAAUUAGUGAGAUGAAUCCAUUAUACCCCUCUAAAGAUAUGGUAAAAGUAAAACCUGGCGACAUUAACGCUUAUUUUUCAAGCAGUAUCCCAAAAGAAGGCAUUUAGCUUCUUUAACAAUUGCUGAUAUAUGAACCUAGUCUGAGGAUGAGAGCAAUUGAUGUCUUAGCACAUCCCUUCUUUGACGAGCUAAGAGAUUUUUAAAUGAGACUGCCUCAAGGUGGUAAACUACCAGAUAUAUUUGACCUCACAACAGAGGAAAUUCAAUCUACAGAUAGGAGUGUUCUUGAUAAAAUAAUUCCAAUUUGGCGGAGGAAUUAAGGAAUUUCUCGCAAGAUUAGCAAGCAUUCACUAAAAAAAGUUUGA